UGAUAUCCGCCGGGUGAAGUGCUGAAGAGGAAGAACCAGGAAGGACUGAAGAAAGAGAUUCCGUUUAAAUACGAAACUGUUAAGGAAAAAUCACCACGCUAUAGGAUUUGGUAACUUUGGCCGGAGAGGGUGAUUUUUAAUUCACUGCCCGUUUCUGUGUUUGAAUCUUCAAAAACGGGAAAAACAACAAAAAUACGAGUUUUGGAUAUUUAGAUCAUGGAGCAGUCAGAAGAAUCAGCCCCUGAAUCAGGCCCAGAGGAAGUGAAUCCAGUGUUCUUCCAGCAGCUCAGAGAAUUAGACAUUCCAGAAGAAGCUGCUAAGCAGGCUCUUUUGCGUACAAGGAAUGUAUCAGCUGAGGAGGCAGCCAUGUAUUACUUUAACAGAUUGGAGAAUGAGGAGGAAAGUGAUGAAGAUCUCUGGUUCAAAAUGGUAUUUGUUGUCAACAUGGAGCUAUCAAUGGGUGUUGGAAAAGUUGCAGCACAGGUUGGACAUGCCGCUGUAGGACUGUACCAAGCCUUACAGGAGAAAAAUAGUUGGCGGGAGAUGGCAUGGAAAUGGGAUCAGGCUGGAGCUAAGAAGGUAGUGCUGCAAGGCACAAACACAGCCCAUCUCCUAGAACUUCAGGCCUUGGCAAUGAGCCUUAACCUGCCUACCUAUCUGGUGCAAGAUGCAGGACGUACUGAGGUUGAAGCGGGGUCCCACACCGUUUUGGCAGUUAUGGGUGAGGAAGAAAUGGUAAACAAUGUCACAGGAAGUCUGAAAUUGCUUUAAAGAAAGAGCUGGUCUGUGUAGAGAAUAUGCCACUUCAGGCAGAGUGGAACAAGAUCCGUAUUGAGCUGCAGCUGGAGUUCCCUGGCAUGUGGGACAAAUGAACAUACAGCCAUUUUUCUCAGUUAUUUUUGAGGAUGCUAUGAAGUUCCUGAGCAGGCUGGUUUCAGACAGAAUGUUUUAAUGAGAAUCUGCAGCGAAGAAAGUUAAGAAUUUGUGGAUAAAAGCAUACUUUAGAUUUUAAGAAGAAAUUAAACACUAGCAGAAACUAGUUCCAACCUCACCCCCCUAUCCAGAAUACUCAAUUAUGCAGUGAUUAGUAAUUAUUGUUCCUCAAAACGUCUAAGCCUUAUAUAGCAUAGCAAAAGAACAUAAAGAUAUAUAUGAUAAAGGAAUACUAUAUUAUGAUUUGUGUUUUCAUUCCUUUCCAAUUUCCCUCAUGUCAUCAAAAGUCCUAUAGUACUAGUCAAUCAGAAGGAUAUUAACAAAAAUAAAAGGGGACAUUUUACAUAAUAGAGGUAUUCCUGAAUGGUUAGUUUUAUCCAAUUGAAGGACUAUAAACCCAAUAAUUUUGCAUUUGUUAAAUGUCAAGUGUGUAUGUGUGUUAUGCAACACAUAAGAGAUAACUCUUCAUGUUUUUGUUUUGAAUAUUUCAUUUCAAACAACUUGUUUCCAUUCAUGUUUAAUGGUACAUAUUAAAUAUGACCGCAUUAGUAAUUGCUCAAAAUAGACUAGUAAACGUAUUUCCAGCAUGUAUUCUCUGUUUGCAAAAUGGUAAUGGAUAAAAUGCGUUCAUCUCAAAUUUCAAUUUGUAAAGUUGCCCUUCAUAGUAGUUUUGUUUAGCUCUGUGAAAAAGACCCCUCAUAAUGAAUAUUAGUACAAUUUAGUUAGUAUUUUACUUGAUGUUACUAUUAAAUAAUUAUGCUUUUUUUUUUGAUUUGUGAAAAUAAGUCAUUUUUAUCAACCGUAUGAAGGAGCCAGUUCAGCACAGUCCCAGGUUUUAUAAAGUUUUAAGUCAUAGCACAUAAACAAUGGACAUAUUUGCAUUUUGCAGUGUUUUUUUCCCCUUGGAAUCAAGUUUUUUUUGUGCAACUACUUUGUUUUAAGGAACAUCUAAAAAUUACUGUAUAUUCAUAUUUUUGUAAACUUGUUCAAAGAUCCUACUGUACAUGCAACAAAUACAAAGAAAAGUCUUAUGUAAUAGAUAUUAACUUAAUGUCAUAUAGCAUUAUGGGAUAUUACUGAAUGACAGAUAUUUGUACAGUAUGAAUUAAACCCAAGGAAAUAAAGAUAAGGCCGAUUAUAAUAUUAAAUAUGGCACAUUUGAUCUUUGCUUUUUGGCAGAUUUUAGAUGUUGUCUACUGGCAUUUCUCUAAAACUGAUAUACUGUCUCAUAAAUCUAUUAAUGCAGAUCCAUAGUUUAAAUUGUUCCAUGUGCCAUGAAAAAACAAUUAAAACAUAGGGGCAGAUUAAAGUGUUCUUUUGUGGAAAGUUCACUAGCUAUAAAUGAUACUGGUAUUCUUUAUAGCUAUUGCAGUGAAAGCAUGUAAUAGCAUAUUGAUGUAUUCUUGUAGAUACAGGUAUCAAUUAUAGCCAAGUGAAAUAUGAAACACAUCAAAAAAUAUUUCUGUGCCAAUAAUGUGGCACAGUGUACUGUUAUAAAGAAAUGUAUGCUUAAUAAUGUGUAAGUUGACUUUUUUUUCAUCUAAAUGGUUAGUGUUUCAGAUUAAACCUGCAAUGUCAUUCUCUGGAAAGGUCAUCAGCGUUUGAGGUAGAAUUAUUGAGGCAGCUGUAAAUACUUUUACAGGUCAUUAAAAAGUGAAUUAUGCUGGUG